AUGGCAUCUUUUUCUUUUAUAAAAACAUCCAUAUUAAUCUUUGCAUACCUAUUCUUAUGGUAUCAAACCAAUUAUCACCACCAGGUGAGUGCAUUAAGUACAUUAAAUGAUGAUGAUGUGUCAGAUUCAAACAGUUUAUACUCAUCAGAGGACGAUAUAAAUAAUGGAAAUGGUCAUUUAAAGACAUUAGGAAGUGAUGGACCACAUGUUCCCCAUAAGGGUUAUGGGGAUUAUCAUCCUCCCCUUAAAAAGGGAGGAGGGGAACCCUCUGUAAGGAGGGGAAAGGGGGGAACUUCCCCCCCCUUUGGGGGACAAUACCCUCAUCCUACAAGUAAAUAUGGAACACCAAAAAAAAACCACGUCACCUCAAAUUUUGGAACUGCAAAUUUUGGAACCUUGAAGAGUGGAACACCAAAAAAUAAAAGUUUCUCCCAAAGGAGUAAAAGAGUGAAGGAUGUUUUAAAAGCUUUAUGGAAGAAAUGUGUAUGUCAAGGUAAAAAACAUCCACGUUGGAUGAUGUUCUUUGCGGUGGUUAUUAUGGUGAUAAUAUAUUUUGCACUUGCCUACUGUGCAAGCGCAGGUAUGGCUGGGAAUCAUUUCUUUCUCCCUAAAUGUGGGAAAGGCAAGGAUAAUACUAUUGAUAUUCUUUCCACAUUCCAGACGGCAUUGAACUCUAUAGAAGCAGUAUAUGUAAUUCCUACUAUAAUAGGACUCCUUGUGAUAGGUGCCUUAUUUGGAUUUUAUUGUUGGAAAUGGAAGGAAUGUAACAAAAGAGAAAAAUUUUAA